AUAAAUUGAAAAUGGCGUCGUUUAGCCGACCAAAUGAAUCAAAGAAUAUAUUUUUCAAUUAAUUCAAUUUAACAAUUCUAUAUUUUACAAGAAAACAUUUAAUAAUCAAACAAUUUUAUUGAUUUGCGUGUGUUUUACGAUUAUUAAACGCGUGUGGAAGCUAAGUUGAAGUGAAACCAGAAAUGGUGCUAUAUGUUUUGUCAGAGUGAUAACAUUAAUGUUUACAUGAGUUCGGCGCGGGAUAUAUUGGUAAAAUGUUACCGACCGUGGAGGAGACGCGAGGGUACGACUUCCAAGACCCUGACAAUGUGGAAAAGUGGCGCGGUGUGUUCAUAAAUCCCCUUCGAAAGGUGUUAGACCACGAGCACCCGACGCUGUCGGCCGAGGAGAGCGCGCUGCAGUACGUGGAGUCGCUCUGUCUGCGGCUCCUGGCUCUACUAUGUGCCGCGCCGUCGCCGCUCACCGUGCAGGAUGUGGAAGAGCGCGUCAGUCGGACAUUCGCGUCCCCCAUCGACAUGUGGUGCAUCACGGAGGCGCGAGACCUCGUCACCAUCAAGCGCCGCAAGCCCAUGAUACCGCACGAUAAGCUUCACCACCUGCUGCAGAAGGAGGUGCUUCUGUACAAGAUAGACGUGACCGUCUCCCAGUUCAUAGCGGGAGUCCUCGAGUUCAUGAGCGCCGACAUCCUCCGCCUCGCCGGCAACUACGUGAAGAAGAUCUCGCAGAAGUCGGGCUACGAUACCAUCACGUGCAGCGACAUCAAGACUGCCAUGUGUGCUGAUAAAGUACUGAUGGACAUAUUCUACCAAGAGUCGUCUCUAGUGGAAGCGGAAGGUAGCGCGGAGAAGCGAGGCCGCCGAGGGUCGCUCUCCUACUCCGAGCUGGUGAGAGAUCUCCUGACUGAUGAGAAGAACUUCCUCAGGGAUCUGAACCUCAUCAUCAGGGUGUUCAAGGAGGAGCUUGAGAAGAUACUCGAUAAGGAUAGUAGGAUGAUCUCCCUUAUUUUCGGCAAUAUAGUGGACAUAUACGAGCUGACAGUGACCCUGCUCGGCAACCUUGAAGAUGCCAUGGAGAUGUCACAGGACUCCCCCACGCCGUACAUCGGCAGCUGCUUCGAAGAACUGGCGGAGGUGGAGGAAUUCCGCGCGUACGUGCGGUACGCGAACAUCGUGACGCGCAAGGAGUCGCGCGACGCGCUGCAGAACAUCGUCGACGAUCCCACGCUCUCCGAACGCCUAGACACAGCCGGUCACGGGUUCCGUCUAGCCGUCAAGUACUACCUGCCGAAGCUCCUCAUGGCACCAGUAGCUCAUGUCUUCCUGUACCACAACUAUGUGCUGGCGCUACUGCAGAUAGCACCUGCCUCCGAGGAUCGGGAGAGCUUUAAGCAGAUGUCACCCGCUACUGAAGACAGAGAGAGCUUUAAACAGAUAACACCCGCUUCUGAAGACAGAGAGAGCUUUAAACAGGUGGAAUGCAAUCUGCAUCCUAUCAAGAAGUUAUUGAUCAAAGCACUGGGAAACGGACCUAAAUUGGAUGCUACAUUACGCAUGGCGAGUCGCGUGCGGCGGCAGAUCGCGAUCGAGAAGUGCAACGAGCUCGCGCGCAUCGUCGACAACUGGGACGUGCGGGACAUCGGCCAGUGCUGCAACGAGUUCAUUAGAGAGGACACACUAUCUAAGAUCGGUCCCGGCAAGCGUAUCGCGGAACGCCGCGCCUUCCUGUUCGACGGACUGCUGCUGCUCUGCAAGCCCAUCACUAGCAUUGUGGUGAACAGCAGUGCAAGCGGCGCCGGCGCAGGUGCUCAACAGCUGAAGCUGAAAGAGAAGCUGCACGUCAGGAAACUGGAACUCAUCGACAGGCCUGACACUGAAGAGGGCCGCAACCUAAUAGAACUAUGUCCCCGAGUGGGCCCGGCCGUGGUGCUGGCCUGCGCCUCCUGCGCCGAGAAGCGCAACUGGAUGUGCGACCUCGUCAUGCUCAACACCAAGCCCAUGCUCGACCGCUUCCUCGACAGCAUCCUGCUAGACCUGGAACGGCGGCAUCCUCUCAAGCUUCCUCCGGCAUCGCUGUACCGGUUCGCGGUGGCCGACUCGCCCGACAACAUCGUGCUCGAGGACGUCACCGCGAGGCACCACGCCAACGCGCCUGUGCCGCUUAUUAAGGGCGCAACCCUCCUCAAGUUAGUGGAACGGCUGACCUACCACGUGUACUCCGACCUGAACCUAGUGAGGACGUUCCUCACGACGUACCGCUCCUUCUGCUCUCCCGGGGAACUCCUCGAGCUGCUCAUAGAGAGGUUCAGGAUACCGGAGCCAAGCGAGGUCUAUGAUACGCCGAGGACUGCGGAGAGCAUAGAAAGCGUGGCGAGCAGCGACGCGGAGAAGCUAAGUAAGAACACGGCGCGAGAAGACUGGAAGAGGUAUCGGAAAGAAUUCCAGCAGCCCGUCAAGUUUAGGGUAAUCAACGUCCUCCGUCACUGGGUGGACCAGCACUUCUACGACUUCGAGCGCGAGCCGGCGCUGUUGGACAAGCUGCGGGAGUUCCUCGAGUCCGUCGACGGCAAGCCCAUGAAGAAGUGGGUGCAGAGUGUGCUCAAGACGCUGCAGAGGAAGAGCCAGCCAUCAGACACGGACUCUAUAGCGUCGGGCGCUGUGGGCCCCCUGGGCCUGGCGCCCGUCUCGCACGUGUUCGACCGCCUCCCCCCCGCGCCGCUGCGCCACGUCGCCGACCCCGAGCGCUGCGCCUGGCACCCGCUGGCACUGCACCCGCUCGAGCUCGCCCGCCAGCUCACGCUGCUCGAGUUCCAUCUCUAUAGACAGGUAAAACCUUCGGAAUUAGUGGGUGCCGUGUGGACCAAGAAAGACAAGGAGAAGACUAGCCCCAAUCUACUUAGGAUAAUUAAACAUACCACUAAUUUCACCCGCUGGAUGGAGAAGUGGAUAGUGGAGAGUGAGAACCUAGAAGAGCGCGUGGGCGUGGUGUGCCGCCUGCUGGACGUGUGCGUGGCGCUGCGACACCUCAACAACUUCAACGGCGUCCUCGCCGUCGUGGCGGCCUGCGGCUCAGCCUCCGUGCACCGCCUCCGGGCCACCUUCCAGAUGGUCCCGAUCCGCCUCAUCCGAGCUCUAGAAGAGUUCCGCGAGCUGAACUCGGACCACUUCCGUCGCUACCAGGAGCGACUGCGCAGCAUCAACCCGCCCUGCGUGCCCUUCUUCGGCAUGUACCUCACCAACAUCCUGCACAUCGAGGAGGGGAACCUCGACUACCUCCCGGACUCGGAGCUGAUCAACUUCUCGAAGCGGCGCAAGGUGGCGGAGAUCACGGGCGAGAUCCAGCAGUACCAGAACCAGCCCUACUGCCUCACGCUAGAGCCCAAGACCAGGGCGUUCCUGGAGUCCUUGGACCCGUUCCCGGGCAAGGACGACAACGAGAUCACGAACUACCUGUACGCCAAGAGCCUCGAGAUCGAGCCGCGCCUCGCCAAGCAGAUGCCCAAGUUUCCGCGUCGCUACCCGGAGCUGUCGCUGAAGCAGGUGAAGGUGUCGCGACGUGCGCACGCGCACGACAACAACUCGCACUGCGACGAUACCGCUAGUAUGACGUCACAGAUAUCUCCGACGAGCAUCAGUCAGUGGGACGGCGGCUCCAUACAAUCACUACCUCUGGACUUGAUGUCGAGCAGCAAGCAGGAGCUGACGAGCCCGCGGCUGGAGCGCAGCUCGCUGUCGCAGCUCAGCCAGCUCAGCCAGCUCAGCCUCUUCGACAAGGGACUGGCGCUCUUCGACAAGAACAAGCCGCACCAGAACCACAAGAGCAGCACCCGCGACGAGCCGCCGUCGCCGCGGGACCGACACUCGCCGCGACACGACCGACAAACAUCAACUUGCUCCAACAAGCCGGCGCUGUCUCCGCGCAACGCCAUCGUGGACGCCGAACUGUUCUACUCUAGGACCCUAGACCCCAGGCUCACGCCCAGGAGACAGGAACAGGAGCUAGUGCCCCCGCUCCUGCCGCGCGGCGAGCCGGAGCGUCCGCCCGCGCCGCCGCCACGCCCCGCCUCGCCCGACCACCUCGGUGCUUCGUCGUCUACGAGCGAAGUGCCGCCGGAGCCGCCCGACCGUCCGCUGCCCAGCCCCAAGCAUCACGACCUGUUCAGAAUGCCGGCGGUGUCUCCGAAGCGGUCCCCCGCGCCGCAGCCGCCUGCCAGCCCCCGACUGCAUGCAGACAGAGGCGUGGCGUUCAAGUUCGAGUGGCGGGGGGCGCCGUCCCCCUCCCCGCCCGCGCCGCCCACCCCCCUGCACCUCGUCGUCAUGUAA